AUGUAAUAUUAAUCUUAGUAGCCACCAAUCAUGAAUUCUUAACUCAGUUAAAAUAAUAAUGAUGAAGUUAGAUUCGUUGCACAACAGAAUGGAGGUGAGCUUUAACAAAUGUAAGAGUAUCUCAACCAACAAAUUAUAUAGCAAGGAUAUGACGCUGAAGAAUUUAGGUCAUUUUUGAAAAAUAAAUAUCCUGGUGCUGAGUCAAACUUGAAAUAAAUUUCUAUGGAUUAACUAAAAGAAGUUAUAUAAGCCUUUAUACUACAAACCAGAUAGCAAAGUAGAAGCAGCUCUUAAAUACCUUAAAACAACUACAGCAAUUAAGAAUAUUUAACAUUUGAAGAUACUAAAUAAACUAGUAAUAUUCAACAAGGUACUCGCAUGACAUAAUCUACAUUUUCCAACAACAACAAUAAUAAUUAGGCUAACAGAAAUAGACAAGCUUCGACAUUUGUAAAUGCAUAAAAUAGUGAUCCUAAAGAAUUUGCAAUUAAUAAAUAAAUUUUGGAAGAGCCAUCAAACUAAAAUAAAUCACAAAUCUAAAAAUCUAAUAUAAAUGCUUCUGUUUAUGCUCAAGGAUAGCCUCAGCUUUAAGAUAGUUAAAAGUUAAGCUCUGAUAACGUGGGAGGUGAAGACACAUUAAACCAAAGUAUUUUAAAUAGCACAUUCUCUCAAUCACGUAUUAUCAAGGAUCCUUAAGGCUAAACAAUAGUUCGUAAGGAAGCUUAAAUAGUUCCAUAGACUAGUAUGGUAAAAGAUGGUUUUAUUAAAAAAAACUUAGAAGGAGAAGAAACAUCAAAAGUUAUCAGUUGUCGUACAAUUGAAAAAAGCAAAAUAGCUGAAUUUUUAGAAGAAUAAUCUAUCACAGUUAACAAUGAUAAGCCUCCUUAAAAAAUUAAAGUGAUUCUUGAUUCAUUUGAAAUUGUUUUCGAUGGUCUUUUUUCAUCAGAGUAUGCUUUAUAUUCAGUUAAAACUCCUGUAAUGGGUUGGACUGUCUCAAGGAGAUUCAAUGAUUUUCAUUGGUUAUACAAUGUGCUUAGAAAACACCAUCCAGGUAGCUUUAUACCUCCUAUACCUAAGAAGACUGCAAUAAAAGAAAUGAAUGAUGAACAUUUAUAUUAAAGAAUGCGCAGUUUCGAAUAAUUUUUAAAUCAAAUUCUCAUUUGCCCAACUUUAAGUGUGAGUCCUUACUUAAGUGACUUCUUAAGUAUAAUUGACUAAAAGGCAUUCGAAGCUAAGAGAAAGGAGCACGAUUUGAAACCAACACCCAGGAUAGUUGAUUUGAUUUCUACAGUUUAGGGAGAGCUGAUUAGUGAAAUAACUCCUCCUCUCAAAGAGUUCUGGCUCUAAUUUAAUGAUUUAACUUCUAAAUCACUUCUCAACUACUAAAAUUUAAAUGAAUCUUUUGAAGGUUUUAUUUCAGGUAUUAAAAAGGCAGCUGAAGAAUCUAAUAAAAUAGCCACUAACUUUUCCCGUAUGCACAAAGUUCAUGAAUAAUUCAACAGACUUUCUCCCCUCGGUAAAUGCCAACCUCUCGAGAAUUUGAAUAUUCACCUUAACAACUUUUUCAUUGACUUUGGGUAAACUCUUCAUAAUAUUACAGUUGUAUUUGAAAAGAAUUUCCAUGAAUAUGUUCGCUACCAAAACAUGAUGUAUGAAGAAUAUAAAGCAACAAUAAACUAUCACAAUGAAUUAGAAAAUACAUAUCUUGAACAUUUAAAAAAGUUAAAUUAAAAGAAGGAAAAGCUCUUCACAAGCUCAAACACAUCUAAAUGGGAACUUGAUAAUACCUGUACACUAACUAUACGUGAAUUGCAAAGUAAUAAAGUUGAAGCUCUCAAGAAUAUGCUUCCUACUGAAACAAAGUAAGUAUAAAGUGAAGGUGAAUUUUAUGGAUUCGUUAAUAGGCAGCUUUACGAUGACGUUUGUAUGCACUUAUCUCAUUCACGAGAUAUAGUUUGCAAUCGAUUUAUUUCACUAUCCUAAGAUUUAGCGCUAGAAAUAAAUAUGCUGCAUAUACAUACUGCAGAUUCAAACAUGAGAUUUGCAGAUAUGCUGGGAUAGUUUAAUUCGUCUUUGAAUUAGAAAUAUCGACCUGAGUGA